CAGCCUCUGGGUGGGGAUUUGUGAGAUUGAUGGUCACCUCCCAGCACUGCUCCAUGGACUCUCCCUCCCUCCCUCUCUGUCAGAGCAGGAAUGUAGGAGCUGGAGUCCAGUCAGUCCGUGUCUCUGCGCCGCGGAGGAGUGAAUCAUUUAUCGUUGCCUGCGGUAACACGAUAUUAACGAGCAGGAGGAAGUGAUCUGUGCGCGGAUACCCACUGCGCUCACUUUUUUUUUUUUUUUUUUGAAGGAUUUCUUGUCGUUCUUGGCCCGAUCGUGAUUAUUUUCUCAUUUUACUCGACUGGAGAAAAGUUUGCGUUCAGACCAGCUGGAGUCCGCAGAUCCGAUGGGAAAAAGCUCCUCUGCAUCGAGCGCACCUUGGACCCGAAGUCUUCCAGCAUGGAUCCUGACUCGCUGAGAAGGUGAAGACUGCAAGAGUUAAAUGCUCGCUUCAAGCCUCGCAGCAACGCAGCAACUGCUCGUCUGAACGCCGUCCCCUCAGCGUGAACCACUCGUGAACCACUUGUUGAGCCGUUUGCGAUGGGGUCUAGCCUGACGUGCUCGGGCGUCGUCUGGGCCCUGCUGUCCCUGCUGUGCGCCGCCGCCUCCUGCGUCGGCUUCUUCAUGCCCUACUGGCUGCUGGGGACGCAGAUGGACAAGCCCGUGUCCUUCGGCACCUUCCGCCGCUGCUCCUACCCGGUGAGGGACGAGGAGAGGCAGAUCACGGUGAUGCUGGAGCAGUGCGGGCGCUACGCCUCCUUCCACGGGAUCCCCAGCCUGGAGUGGAGGAUCUGCACGGUGGUGACGGGCGUGGGCUGCGGCCUCCUCCUGCUGGUGGCGCUCACGGCUCUGAUGGGCUGCUGCAUCUCUGACCUCAUCUCGCGCACGAUCGGCCGCGUGGCCGGCGGCAUCCAGUUUGUUGGAGGUCUGCUCAUCGGCUCCGGCUGCGCGCUCUACCCGCUGGGAUGGGACAGCGAGGAGGUGCAACAGACCUGCAACAACAGCUCCGACCAGUUCAAACUGGGCUCCUGUCAGAUCGGCUGGGCGUACUACUGCACGGGGGCCAGCGCCGCCGCCGCCAUGCUGCUGUGCACCUGGCUGUCGUGCUUCGCCGGGAAGAAGCAGAAGCAGUAUCCGUACUGAUGGGAGUACCGCAGAGACAGCCGGAGACCUCGGGUGGUACGACAGAAAGGGAGGGGACUCUGUGGACCAGCGCACAGCACAUCAGGCACCGAAAGACGUCAAGUCGUCGUGGUGCUCUGCACAGCUUGGGACACUUCUCAUCUGACGACUGCAGGGACUGUUUCAUAAUGCAGCACACACAUGGCUCUGAAAACUUCCUGAAAGAUGUUCUUCAAUGAAAGAUGUAUGGACCAAUCUUCUUUGUAAAGUUGUUACUUUUUUAUUUUGCAAAGAGUACGAUCUCCCUCUCUUUUAUUUUUGUCUCCUCCUGCAGCAGUGGUUCUCAAACCUUUGGGUUAUGCCCCUAAGAGAAAAAAAAAUAUUAUCCCUUUUAGCUCAACAAGAUUAAAGGUAGCUUUGAUUUAAAGCAGCCAUUUUUUUUUCUUUUUUGUCUUUAUCAUUAUGUGAUCAUGCCAGGUCACAAAUGGCCCGCUGCCAUUUAAUAAGGGACCUAAAGCAUGUUAGAAACAGCCUUAAUGUUGUUUCUAAUAUUUCUGUGAUAACAAGUGUUCAACCACAGACGAAAACGGUGAACACACCCAUAGUUUCUACUUUUUUUUUUCCCAUCGGCCCAAACGCAGAGAGGAGGAAGCAGUGAGUAAACGCCUGCAGGAUUUAGACCCUGUUAGUAACGCUGUGCUGCAAAUUCUGCAUCAGCAUAUUUUCAGGUCAAAGGAAAUUCUGCACAGGCCUGGUCUUAAUGGCUGAAAAAGUUGAUCAAUCCGAUCCUAAAACAUGGCUGGAGAAAACCGUUUAUGAACUGAUGCUAAUGAAAAACAGAGAGUUAAUCCCUCAUAAAUGCUGUCUGCACACUGAUGAGUGAAAUUAGAGGAUCCACUUUCCAUUACCUGACGUAAACAUAUUUCUCCUGUCAAGGUUUUAGGUCCUAAAAUGAAAAAAAAAUAAAAUAAAAUGAAAUAAAAUAAAAAAAAUAAUAAUAAUAGAAGCCACACCCCCCUCAGUUUGAUACAAAAGAGGAUUAGGGCUACUGAAAAAAAUAUAUAUUUCUGACUUUAAUCGCAGAAUUCUGACUUUUUUCUCAUAAUUCUGAGAUUAAAGUCAGAUUUUUUUUUUCCAGUGGCCCUAAUCCUCAUUCGUAGUUUGAGAACCACUGCACACAGUCAUUGUUUAUGUGAUGGUGUGCCCUGUGAUGAGCAGAAAAGUGAUAUUCCCUCAUUGUUACCUGGAGUGUUUCCAUUUCCUCUUUGUCUCUCAUCCUUGCCUUAAAAACCAACCUGAAAUGCAAUAAUCCCUGUAACAUAAAGCAGCCCAGCGCCGGCUGCUCGCCUCCUCGGCUCGGACUUUUUCAGAUCCCAUAAAUAUAAGCAGAGUUUAUUUAACGCCUACAUAAGAUAUACGACGUGUACGGUAAUGUACUUUAUCAUGUUAUCACAUGUUUUGUAUUCUCUUGAAAUAUUCUUUGUCACUUCUUUUUUUUUUUGUUUUGUUUGUUUUGUAAAUAAAUGUUGAAUGAAAUUA